AUGGCGCAACAUCUACGUAGUCAAUUCGCAACCGACAAAACCAUUGCCACCAAGUUUAUGGACCUUGAUCAGCGCGGAAAAGUUCAAGCUGUUUAUAUAUGGAUUGAUGGAAGUGGAGAGAACAUUCGUUGUAAAAGCCGUACAAUUGAUUCCGAGCCAACUUGCCCUGAAGAAUUACCGAUUUGGAAUUUCGACGGCUCUUCCACCGGUCAAGCUGAAGGAGCUGACUCUGAUGUUUACUUGAAGCCAGUAGCAAUCUUCCCGGAUCCAUUUAGACGUGGAGCGAACAAGCUGGUUUUAUGUGAAACCUUGGAUAACAAGAAACAACCUACUCAUACUAAUCACAGAGCAAGAUGUGCCGAAAUCAUGACCAAGUACGCCGAUGAGAAACCAUGGUUUGGUAUGGAGCAAGAAUAUACCUUACUUGAUUGUGAUGGACAUCCAUUCGGAUGGCCAAAGAAUGGAUUCCCAGGACCACAAGGACCUUAUUACUGUGGUGUUGGAUCCAAUAAAGUUUACGGACGUGACGUUGUUGAAGCUCACUAUAGAGCCUGCUUAUACGCUGGAAUCCAGAUUUCUGGAACUAAUGCUGAAGUUAUGCCAGCUCAAUGGGAAUUCCAGGUUGGACCCGUUGAAGGAGUCGCAAUGGGGGACCAACUGUGGAUGGCAAGAUAUUUACUUCAUAGAGUAGCCGAAGAGUACGGAGUUAUAGCUUCUCUCGAUUGUAAACCAAUCAAGGGAGACUGGAACGGAGCGGGAUGUCACACCAACUUCUCUACCGAAAAGAUGAGAGCCUCUGGAGGAAUUAAUGAAAUUAUGACUGCUAUCAACAAGCUCAGCCUUGUUCAUCGUCAACAUAUCGCAUACUACGAUCCUCAUGGUGGAAAAGACAACGAGAGACGUCUUACGGGUCUUCACGAAACUGCACAAAUCGAUCAAUUCUCUUACGGAGUUGCUUCUCGCGCCAGUUCUAUCCGUAUCCCACGUUCAACCGAAGAAGAUGGCUGCGGUUAUUUCGAGGAUCGCCGUCCAUCAUCUAACUGUGAUCCAUACACUGUCUGUGCUGCGUUGGUGCGUACAUGCUGUGGAGACAAUGCCGAGCGAAAGCUUUCAAUGAUGUAUGUGCCAAGUGCUGGCUCAUUACCAAGCCAAUAA